AUGACGAAAAGGAAAAAAAAGUUUUUUUCUAACAACAAAAGAAAAGAAAUCUUGUUGACUCGUCUUAAAGCUUUGCUAAAACUCCAUUUGCUGUUAUUGAUGAAAAUUGAUCGUAAAAAUCUUCUCAGAACAUUUGAAAUCAUAUUUGAGUUUUAUGGAGAUUUUUAUGCUUCAACUGUCGCCGAGACAUUAGAAGUUGAAUGUAAACAAAAAACGAAACUAUUUCUAGUGAAUAAAAGCAUUAGUCGUAAAUGGACUCUUGUGAGCCAUUCUUGGUCGCAGCAAACAUUAAAGGAGACGUGUGAAGGCUGUGAAAUAAUAAAACUGAACAUGAUCGAUUGGAAUGUCAAAAUUACUUGA